AUCUUCCGACUUUCUCACAGUCCACAGAUCACCUAUUUAACGACCAGUACUGCAAGGAAAAAAACCAAGCAAACAUGGCCUCCGCUGUCCCUCCUUUGAACAUUACAAGGGUCUCUCCAUGGGCUCCUGCGAGCAGAAACAUGAAGCCAUGGAAGAAUCAGAGAAGCAGCCGGAAGCAUCCCCGCUGCGAGGUCGGAAAUGGAGGCGGCGGCAGGCGCAGCUCGGCUGUGGUUUCGUGGGCGGGGGAAUAUGACCUCUACUCGCUGCUUGGGGUGGGGAGGACCUCGGAGGCGGCGGAAAUAAGGGCGGCGUAUCGUGCGCUGCAGAAACGGUGCCAUCCGGAUGUUGCUGGCCCGGCGGGUCACGACAUGGCCAUUCUUCUCAACCAAAUUUAUUCGCUCCUCUCAGAUCCAGCUUCGCGCAAUGCCUACGAUCGGGAGAGAUCAAAACACUUUGAAUUCCAUGGCUACACUGGUAAACCUAUUUACUCGAGAUGGCUCGGACACGAGGGCGAACACCGAGCGGUAUUCGUCGAUGAGGUCAAGUGCAUUGGGUGCUUGAAAUGUGCCCUCCAUGCAAACAACACAUUUGCCAUCGAAUCAGUUCAUGGUCGUGCAAGAGUAGUGGCACAGUGGGCUGACCCGGAGGACCAAAUCUUCGAUGCAAUCAAAACCUGUCCUGUGGAUUGCAUCUCGGUUGUGGAGAGAUCAGAUCUUGCUGCCCUUGAAUUUCUUAUGUCGAAGCAGCCGCGGGGCAAUGUGAGGAUGACCGGAGGCAACAGUGUAGGGGUACGGGUGGCCAAUGUGUUUGAUGAGGUGAAGAGGUUUCAGAAGAAGUUUGAUGAGAUGAAUGGUCAAGCAUCAGCCAGAAAUUCGCAAGAGGCUGAUCUCCAGAGAAAAUCAAGAGCUUCAGCAAUGGAUGCAGUCAGGUCCAUUUCAAACUGGUUGCAUCGGCAAAAGUUCAGCUCUGGAGAAACUCAAUUAAGCCUUACAGACUCCUCAACAAAAUCAUUACCUCCGAACUCCCAAAAACUGCAAGAAGCUGCAGCCAAACUGAAAGCCAGAGCAGCUGCAGGGUUCUCUAACUGGGCUACAUCCAGCCAUGAACAUGAAGAAGAAUACUGGACGCCAUUGCUUAUCCUUCCAACCCAACCAACCAGAAGCUCAAAUAACUCCUCAGAAUCUCACAAACCACACCGUCGAACAAGUAAUAUAAAUGAAAAGAAGAAGGAAAUAAGCAGCCAAGACAGAACAAAAGCUAUGGAUUUUGGAAUUCCAUUAUCAAUGGCGGUGGUAUCAGUGAUUGUUAAUGGAUCGAAAGGCGGAGAUUCGAGCUUCAGCCAUGGCUUGGAACAGCAUAUUGGGGGGUCAUUGGCUUUGGCAAUUGUCAACAGUUUUGAGCUUCGGGUUAUGUUGGCAGGUAUUACUUGGUUUUUUGUUGGGUUGAUGGUUGUGACAGUAUGUGGGUUUUUUCGAGAGAAAGACAUCUUCAGAAGAUGAAUGAUAUUUGGUUUUUGCUUGUGUAGGUGUGUAGGGUUAUAGAAUUAUACAGAAAUAUGUCAAAAAUAUAUAUUAUUGGAUAGUUAGGAUUUUUAUUCGCUAUAUAAAAGUGGUAUAAACUU